AUGCUGCACAAAAACAUCCUUAUUAAGGCCCGCGUGCAAGAGCUUAAAGAGCAAUUAGCAGUAAUAACUAAGAGAAAAUUGCGUAAGAGAAAGCAGAUUCAGCAUGGUGGCACACUUGAGUAUGGCCCAGCUGAGCUUAGUCAAUUGUUCAGCGCUGUAGGAACUGCAGCAAGACUGGACACAACGCACGAACGUGCUAGGAGGGUGCAGAAACAUCUUCUAAAUCUAAUUUAA